CAAUCCGGAAAGCAGUACCAACCCAUUCAUUGGUCGUUUAGAAGCCGUCUGCUAGCAAGUCUCACUCGUAACUGACUAACGUUUGCGACGGCGUAUGCUAUUUUCAAGUUUCAGCUCAUUGACGCUGUGAAGACAUGGACAAGAGAGAUACAAACAAUGGCGCCUAUUAUGUGGCAGCAAACUUUGAGUCCCAGCUGCCGUCGCCAACUAAGUCCAAGUCCGAUGAUGAGAAUACGGAACGAGGAAACUGGUCCAACAAGAUGGACUUCGUCUUGUCAUGCCUCAGUUAUGCAGUCGGCCUUGGCAAUGUGUGGAGAUUCCCAUAUCUAUGUUACAGGAAUGGAGGAGGAGCGUUCCUGAUCCCCUUCAUCAUCAUGCUGUUCAUCACUGGGAUCCCCCUUGUCUUCCUGGAACUGUCCUUCGGCCAGUUCGCCAGUGAGGGGGUGGUGUCCAUCUGGAAGGUCUCCCCAAUAUUCCAAGGUGUAGGCUGGGCGAUGUUCAUAGUGUCAGUUCUGAUCGCCAUGUAUUACAACAUGAUCAUCGCAUGGACGCUGUACUACCUGUUUGCUUCCUUCGCUGCUCAGCUGCCCUGGAGCUACUGUGGUGAUUGGAGCUCACCAUUGUGCUUUGAGAGCCGUAACCUUAUCACCAACUGUACUGCUCAGAACGGGACUUGGUACAACUCAACGUGUUACACAGUUCAGGGGGUUGGCCAACAAAUGUACAAUACUAUCAUCAACAUCACCAAUCAUACCAAGUUGCCAGACAACAAGUCUCCCAGUAACGAAUACUUUCAUAACGAGGUUCUUGACAUCAGUGAGGGUGUGCACGAGAUGGGCAUGGUGAGAUGGCAGCUGGCUCUAUGUCUCUUGCUGGCCUGGGUGCUUGUCGCCAUCUGUCUCGCCAAGGGAAUCAAGACAUCUGGCAAGGCAGUUUACUUUACUGCAUUCUUCCCGUACGUUGUGCUGCUGAUCCUUCUGAUCCGAGGGCUGACUCUGGAGGGCUCUGUAGACGGCAUCCUGUACUACGUCACACCAAAGUGGGAGCUGCUCAAGAGUGCCAAACCACUGGGUGAAGCUCUCGGCCAUGAUGCACUCACUGUCCCGCCGGCCGGUGAGAGACUGGGUCUUGCUCGACUGCUGCAUGUGCAGGGGCUCUCGGGUGUUUCCGCCACGCUCAGAUCACAGCCGGUUCAAUCAGUUCAAUCAUUUUCCCUCCCAUAA